GCAAACAGCGGAAACUCCAAAGUCAUAUGAUCGAUUUGUGAUUCUUUCGUUCGGAAUACGGUUCUGUUCGUUCGUUCGUUGCAAAGAUGGCCAGCCAGACGCAAGGUAUUCAACAGCUUCUGACAGCCGAAAAAAGAGCUGCGGAGAAAGUCUCAGAAGCCAGAAAACGUAAAGCACGCCGAUUGAAGCAAGCUAAGGAGGAAGCUCAAGAUGAAAUUGAAAAAUAUAGGCAAGAGAGAGAGAGGCAAUUUCGUGAAUUUGAAGCCAAACACAUGGGUUCAAAAGAAGAUGUUGCUGCACGUAUAGAAGCUGAUACAAAAGUGAAAAUAGAAGAAAUGAAUCAAGCUGUAACUGUGCACAAGAACACUGUCAUGCUUAAAAUCUUGGACUUGGUGUACAACAUUAAACCAGAGUUGCACAAGAACUACCGCAUCGAAAUGUAAAUCGGAAGAAAUGCAUCUGCGCAUAUAAAUAUCACCUUUUAUGCUAUAAAUGUACAUUCAGUACUUUUCUUUACCAUAUCUUAAAACGUAUCUAUUGCCGUUAUGUUGUACUUUUAUCAGAGGAAGCGUAUAUACCUUUUAAUUGUAGAUGGUGGUACUCAAAUUACUAGAAUUUUUUCCGCAGUUGCUACACGACAAUAAAUGUAAUCGUAAUUACGCUGAGCUUCUACCAUCAUGUUGGAAAGUUUAAGGUUUAUAGUAGAUGCAUCGCGAUAGUAGUAUCAAUGUAUUAAAGAAAUUGUCGUCAUUGUGAUAUAUCAAGGCCUAGAUAUAUUAGGAUGACGUAUAAAUGUUAAAACUUAAGGUGGUGGCAAGAAAAAUUGUACAUCGUUAAAUGUAUGUUGCUAGAUGUCAUUCCAUAGUUCUGCAGCAUCGAGGACACAAAUUGUGAUUAAAGAAUCCCGUACAACCUUUCGAGAAUCACGGACAAGCUCCCACUCUAACGUGAUUCCCGCGACGAUGUACAAAUACACCGUUUGUUUUGUUUGAAAUUUUUAAGCGUUGUUAAGUUAUACAUACAAAGUAAUACCUAUACCUCAUGUGUAUACCCUGUCUCUGCGAGCUGGUUAAUCUGUACAGUAUUAAUGUUCAACAAUAAAAAUAGGUAAAAUCCA